CAACCGCCCUCGCAGUCAAUCGCUGAAGAUGCUCGCGAUGCCGUGCUUAUAGGGGGUCUGCUUUACGAUGGACUAAACAAGGCGAGUCACGACAAUCAAACGGUGACACGACAGCUUGGCUGAGCCGAGCUGAGUUUGUGCUGGCGUAAUGCGAACUUUUCAUAGGCAAAUCGUAAUAAGCCUCACAACAUAUAAAAGCAGACAGCCUUGGUGGAGGUCUGAUGUUGGUUUGCUGUGACCAUUCAUUAACACGGACAAGAAUCAAUACAAUCCCAACCACGAACUUAGUCGAAAAUCGACUACGGACAUCGAUUUCAUAAUUAUAAUCACAACAACCAGUCUGGGAUUCUUUUACAUCACUACAGAUCUCACAAUGACGUCUGCCAUGGACAUCCCCGUUCUUAUUGUUGGCGGAGGACCCACUGGUCAAGCGCUCGCUUUAGAGCUCUCAGCCCAGAAGAUAUCCUACAGGAUCAUCAUGAAGGAUGCGCAACGCUCUCCAUACAGCCGAGCUCUCGUGGUCCAGCCCCGGACACAAGAGCUGCUUAAUCGACAUGGCGACGUGCGCGAGCUCCUCUCCACUGGGUUUCAGGCGCGCGGAACCACCAUGGCGGUGAAUGGAAAGCGGAUUGCCGACAUGGACGCAGACUUCAAUGGCAUCACAACCACCCGGUUUCCUGGGCCCAUGGCUAUCUCGCAAGCGCAGACGGAGAAAUAUAUGGACGACCAGCUUAAAAAGUAUGGCAAGGCUGUCGAGAUGGGUAUCGAGGCUACGAGCAUCACGCCCGACGCGGAUGGCGCAACAGUGAUCCUUGUCUCCCAGGAUGGAAAUGAGGAGGUCAUUCGUGCAAGGUACGUGGUCGGCGCUGAUGGAGCCCAUAGCGCCGUCCGACAUGCCGCCAAGACCUUGACCUUUGAGGGAGACGCAUAUCCGCAGGAGUUUAUUUUGGCGGACGUGAAGAUCAAAUCAGACCAGCCGGCCGACCGAGCUUAUUUCUGCCUAUCGACAGGUGUAUGUGUCGUUCUACCGCAGCAAGACGGACUAGCACGUCUGAUCGUGUCGCGCCCCGACCAACCACGUGAACAAGACCUGACCCUUGAGGACUUCCAACAAUUCUUGGAUAAAGUGUAUCCAGGACAUGCUGAGAUCUACGAUCCGGUCUGGAUCACAUCGUUCCAUCUGCAUCACCGCAUAGUUAGCAACUACCGCGAGGGCCGCCUCCUACUUGCCGGCGACGCCGCCCAUAUCCACUCCCCUGCCGGUGGUCAGGGGAUGAACACCGGAAUCCAGGACGCCGUGAACCUGGGCUGGAAGCUGGCGGCGGUCCUGCGCGGCGAGAAGCCGGACUCAUUCCUCGACACCUAUGACGCCGAGCGCAGACGCGUGGGUCAGUACCUGCUGCAGAACAGCGACAGGCUUUUCAGCUUCAUGACGUCCACAAACACGUGGUUCCUAUGGCUUCGCAACCUCAUCCUGCCCUGGGUCUUGCCAUGGGCAGUCAGCAGUCCCCAGCGGGUCCUGAAGAACUUGACCUUCAUGACCCAGUUUCGCAUCCGCUACCGGAACAGCCCCAUCGUCGGUACAGCGCCGGGCUUUGACGGGCCCGUCAAGGGUGGCUACCGUGCUGUCGAAGGCAGGCUCAGAGGCCCCGAGGGCCAGGAGAAGUACCUGCAGGACCUGCUGACACCUGAGAGUCAUCACCUGGUGCUCUUCUCCGGCACGGGCCCUGGUGCUGCCAGCGAGGGCGAUCUGCACCGCGCGGAAGGCGCCUUUCUGGAGUCAACCCACACGCGAACCAAGGUGCACACCAUUGUUGGCGACGGGCAGCAUGGCGGGCAAUUGGGGUGGCGGGAUGUUGAUGGCGCUACUCAUAGAGAUUAUGGGUUCCAGAGACCGGGUUACGCCCUGGUGAGGCCAGACAGCUACGUAGCUCAUAUUGGACCGCUGUCGUCGUUGAACGAGCUCAUUGCUUGGUUAGGAUGAUUUUCUGGCCUGGACGGGGGGAGUCUAAGGUUUGGAGUUUGGCGUCAUAAUCUCUCAUCUCAAAAUAUGUAACAUGUAUAUGGCGAUGUUUUAUGAAUGCAUCAAUCCGUUCUGAAUAUAUUGGAAAAGUUUUAUGUCCUUUGGUACCCUGACAGUCCUUCUGCAAUGCACUGCUCUGUCUUGGCUGCUUCUCGCUUAGGCAGGCCACAUCCUAAGACACAACGUCGGACCACGGUUGGCCGCAAGUGACCAAAUUCGAACAAUACCAGACAACGGCAUUUGACCUCGACACAAACGUUGAAUCACGGUUGGCUUCCUUGGAAAGAAAUUACCUAAUUUUUGUUCUUCGUGGAUAAAUAACAUCAUGGCCAGGAUUUAGUGUCGGGCUUCCAGUUCCGUAAACCCCAAACCGGCAG